AUGAUCCGAGUCCUCCUCCAAGAUUGCCACGCGAGACUGCGCAAGUACCGUCAAAAGAUUGACCAAGAAAAGACCAGAUGCUGUGAGUUCAUGGGUGAGAUCGGUACAAAUCUGCUCCUGCAGAGGGUGACGGAACAAGCCCGCGAACAGAGAAUGAUACGCGACGCAGUACUGGAGAACAAAUUCCGAAUCUUGCCCAAUCCAAUGUCGCUCCGAAACGACAAACUGUUGCAUAACCUGUCGUCAAAGGAGCUGACGAAGGAUCAGAUGCAGGUUUUACGGCACGAAUCUUCAUUUAACACGGCUGACGCCAAACCUGCUAACAUGAUUGCAGCAGUGAAAUCAAUCCUUUGUCACACACAGACAACGGAGGAGAAUAAGAGCCUCAUCCGACACGAAGUGUCGUCUCUCUUGAUGGCCCACAGGCCGCGGGGAGUGCUUUCCGAGUUCGAACGUAAUGCUCUUAGAGAACUGAAGCCCGACAAAGACCUGGUCAUCGUGCCAGCGGAUAAGGGGCGCUUCACGGUUGUACUGGACAGGACAGACUACCUUCAAAAAACCAAAGGUUUACUGGAGGACCGACAGUUCUAUGUCCCAUGUGCAACGAACCCUUUAAAAGCGCUGACACGCGAAAUUAAUGCCACAUUGUCAUCCUUGGAGAACUCAGUUGCAAUCACACCGACCGACAGGUGCAUGGCCAGACCCCAAGAUACGGCUUUGGCCCGAUUCUAUGGCCUCCCUAGGGUGCACAAAGACCGCGCUCAUCUCCGACCCAUCGAGUCGCUCAAAGGGACUCCAACGUACACACUGGCUAAGUGGCUGUUCCGGCGUCUUAAGUCCCUGACUGCUGAGUCAGACACCACGGUCUCUUCGUCAGCAUAA